AUGAACAUUUUGCUAGAGAAAGCUGAUAGCAUAUCUGACUUUGAGUCUCUGUGGUCAAAAGGUAACCCUAAACGAUUGCAGCUUCUGGAAAGGCUUUUUUUUUCUCCUGUACCAACACUGUCCUUACCUCCCCCCGCCCUGUCCCCAGUCCCCAUAGUCUUUAGUCCCCCAAAGGGGGACGGCGUUCCUUCUGCUCGGAAACCCCUGCAAUGCCCGGAAGGGAAGGUGCUGUUGACGUCCUUCCACGCUGGGUCGGGAUCCCUCUUCCCGCCCCCGUCCUCCGUCCCCCUGUGCCCCUGUCCCCCGUUCCCCGCGACCCGGCCCGCGGCAGCCGCAGCGGCCCCGAGCGCGGCUGCGGACGCCCGGCAGCGACGCGCCACGGCGCAGGCUCCGCGACCGGAGCAGGCGCGUCAGCCGAGCUCGGCGGUGGCGCGGGCGGCGGGGACGCAGCUGCCCCCGCUCUGCGCCCGCCGCACCCCCAGCAGCCACCGCCGCCUGGGCCCCGAGCCUCCUCGUCCUGGCCUGGCGGCUGCGGGUGGCGGCGCCUGGGGUCCAUCUCCUGAAAUUUCACUUUUCAAGAUGAAGUUUUCAUUGGCGAUCGCCUUUUUUAUUUUAAUCUCCUUGUGUGUUGAAGAAGCCUGUUCUAAAGAGAAGUCUUCAAAGAAGGGGAAAGGGAAAAAGAAGCAGUAUCUAUGCCCAUCGUAUGUCCUUCACGUCUUAUAUUCUUAUAUGGAGAAAUGUUAUUGCAUUUUUGUCAAAGUAAGGUGGUUUACUGAAACACAUAUCAGCAAAGCUUUGCAUAUCAGAAUAUGCACCCAUUUGUUUCGUUGGUAGAAAAUGACAGGCUGAAGAGAGGUUGAAAUGUGAAAGUUAAUUCCCAGCAUUAAAGGUAAAGUUUUAUGAAGUUUUGUUUAUGGCCCAGGUUUAUAAAAUUUUAUACAUCUUUUAUAAAAGUGGGAAAAAAGUUA